GAAACGGAAAGGAAGUGUAUUGCCUGUGCUUCCUCCGUUCAGGGUUGGGAAGCGGGUCCUUGGCAGCCUUUGCUCGCACUUCUGUCUCCAGCUUACUCUGUUCUAUGUUGUCUGGAGGGGCUCGGCCCGGGUGAGCUUUCUUAGGAAGUAGGGGUCCAGAUUCCAAAAAUCUAUCGGAAUCGGGAGCAGUGCGGCCUCGGUCUUUUCCAGUUUACUUCUUGGUCACUUUGUGUGUUUCGUUCUCCUGAUGGGCAGGCCGUUAACAGUCUUCUGAGAAGGCACAGGUGGAACCCUCCCGCCCAGACAAUCGGCCGAACCCCCAAACGGCACUGGCUCAGAGCGGGGUCCCGGCACCGCGGCGCUCGGGUUUUGUUUGGGUCCUGGGUGGAGGGCCCUGGUGCCGGGGCCCGAGGUGGCGCCUCGCUAGCGGGAAAGGGAGCGGGAUCACCGGCCGGGAGAGAGCUCUCAGGGCCAGAGUGGGGCAGGAGGAUGCUUUCCCAGCCCCACCAUGGAGCUGCGCUGUGGGGGAUUGCUGUUCAGUUCUCGCUUUGAUUCAGGGAACCUAGCCCACGUGGAGAAAGUGGAAUCUGUGUCUAGUGAUGGGGAAGGAGUAGCAGGUGGGGCGUCAGCCCCCACCGGCAGCAUUGCCUCUUCCCCUGACUAUGAGUUCAAUGUGUGGACCCGACCAGACUGUGCUGAGACAGAAUUUGAGAAUGGCAACAGGUCAUGGUUCUACUUCAGUGUCCGGGGAGGAUCUCCAGGAAAACUCAUCAAGAUCAAUAUUAUGAACAUGAACAAGCAAAGUAAGCUGUAUUCCCAGGGCAUGGCCCCCUUUGUGCGUACACUGCCCACCCGCCCACGCUGGGAACGCAUCCGAGACCGUCCCACCUUUGAGAUGACAGAGUCGCAGUUUGUGUUAUCCUUUGUUCACCGUUUCGUGGAGGGCCGUGGGGCCACCACCUUCUUCGCCUUCUGCUACCCCUUCUCCUACAGUGACUGCCAGGAUUUGCUCAACCAACUAGACCAGCGCUUUCUGGAGAACCACCCUACUCAUAGCAGCCCCCUGGAUACCAUCUAUUACCACCGGGAGAUCCUUUGCUAUUCUCUGGAUGGACUUCGUGUAGAUCUCCUAACUAUCAGUUCCUGCCACGGGCUUCGAGAAGAUCGAGAGCCCCGUCUAGAGCAGCUAUUUCCUGACAUCAGCACCCCUCGACCAUUCUGUUUCACAGGCAAGAGGAUAUUCUUCCUAAGCAGUAGGGUACACCCUGGAGAGACUCCAUCCAGCUUUGUCUUCAAUGGCUUUUUGGACUUCAUCCUUCGACCUGAUGAUCCCCGGGCCCAAACCCUACGUCGCCUCUUUGUCUUUAAGCUGAUUCCCAUGUUGAACCCCGAUGGUGUGGUCCGGGGCCACUACCGCACAGACUCCCGUGGAGUGAAUCUGAACCGUCAGUACCUGAAGCCCGAUGCGGUCCUGCACCCGGCCAUCUAUGGGGCGAAAGCUGUGCUUCUCUACCACCACGUGCACUCCCGUCUGAACUCCCAGAGUCCCUCUGAGCACCAGCACAGUCCUCAUCUCCCUCCUGAUGCUCCCCUUUCUGACCUUGAGAAAGCCAACAAUCUCCAAAAUGAAGCUCAUCUUGGGCACUCACCUACUGGGGAUAACCCUGACACCUGGACACAGGCUGAGCCAGCAGAACAGAAGCCCCCCCGUAUGUGGGUUAUGCCACAACAGUCCGCUGAGGUGGAGCUGCCAGCCCCUGACACCAUCCCCCCCAAAGAGAGCGGUGUUGCUUACUAUGUGGACCUGCACGGACACGCUUCCAAAAGGGGCUGCUUCAUGUAUGGAAACAGCUUUAGUGAUGAGAGCACCCAGGUGGAAAAUAUGCUAUACCCAAAACUCAUCUCCUUGAACUCAGCCCACUUCGACUUCCAGGGCUGCAAUUUCUCAGAGAAGAACAUGUAUGCCCGAGACCGCCGAGAUGGCCAGUCGAAGGAGGGAAGCGGUCGGGUUGCAAUCUACAAAGCCUCAGGGAUAAUCCACAGCUACACACUUGAAUGCAACUACAACACUGGACGCUCAGUAAACAGCAUCCCUGCCGCCUGCCAUGACAACGGGCGUGCCAGCCCCCCGCCCCCACCGGCUUUCCCCUCCAGAUACACUGUGGAGCUGUUCGAGCAGGUGGGCCGAGCUAUGGCCAUUGCAGCUCUGGACAUGGCAGAAUGCAACCCGUGGCCGCGAAUCGUGCUGUCAGAGCACAGCAGCCUCACAAACCUCCGGGCCUGGAUGCUCAAACAUGUGCGUAGCAGCCGAGGCCUGAACAGCACUGUGAAUGUUGGUGUCAAUAAGAAGAAAGGCUCUCGAACUCCACCCAAAUGUAACAAUGGAUUGCCUGUUUCCUGCUCUGAAAAUACUUUGAGCCGCACGCGAAGUUUUAGCACUGGCACAAGUGCUGGCGGUAGCAGCAGCAGCCAACAAAAUUCUCCACAGAUGAAGAACUCCCCCAGCUUUCCUUUUCAUGGCAGUCGGCCUGCAGGGCUGCCAGCCCUGGGCUCUAGCACCCAAAAGGUCAGCCACCGGGUGCUAGGUCCUGUGAGAGAGCCCCGAGGCCAGGACAGGAGACGGCGGCAGCAGCCACUGACCUAUCGCCCUACUUCAAGCAGCCUGGCCCCAUCCCCAACUCCUGCCCGUUCUAGCCCAGCCUCCUCACGCAACAUGGGCCCCUGCCUACUGCCCAACUCACUCAGUAUAUCAGGGAGCAGCUGCUCAUUCCUGUCCUCAGGAGACAAGCCAGAGGCUGUCAUGGUGAUUGGGAAAGGUCUACUAGGGACUGGACCUCGGAUCCCCUGUAUCAGGACCCGACUGCAGACCUGCCCGAGGAGAGUUCCAGCCAGGAGGGGUCCCGGAUUCCCCAGGCUAGGCCCAGGUUGGGCCGGGACUCACCGCCGACUCGCAGAGGGAUGAGAGGCUCUUCGGGCCCCACAUUCCCUACCCCUCGGACCAGGGAGAGCAGUGAGCCGGAGCCGGGACCCCGCUCAACACCAGGGCUGCCUCAGGCCGGUCCCCCACGGCCCCACUCUGCCCCUGCCUUUUCUAUUUCCUGUAGUCUAUCUGACUCCCAGUCCCGGACUUGUUAUAGCGGGGGGCCCUUGGGCCAACCUGAGGUUUGUUUUGUCCCUAAAUCUCCCCCACUCACUGUUUCUCCUCGGGUCUGAUGCCUUGAGACCUUCAUGCCCAGGAUAUAGCCACAAGAUGGAGAACACAGUGGGAACUGUGCUAGUCCCCUCCCUCAGCUGCUGAUUCCAUGUGACAACCAUGACUCCGUGGAAUGCCAGCCACACUGUUCUGAGGCAUUGCAGAGCAUUACCUUGAAACAGGACAACGCAGAAAUGUGCCACCCCUUCCCUCCCGCCACAGCACAAGAUUUGGGACCACAGGAAAAAAAAAAUCUAUAUUUUUAUAUUGGGGGGGAGGGAGUAGAAAAGAAAGCAGCCCCUAUACUGGGUCCUACUCAGUGGCAGCUUCUUGUUCCAUAGGGCUAAGGAAGACUUUGAGGAAAUAAAAGUUGUUUGAAAAAA